GACUAGUGUCAAAGUCAGACAGUCAACUGACUACGACAAGAUGGCCAGAGUCUGUGUACUGGUUUGCUUUGCUGGUUUGUUGUUGGAGAUCUAUGGAGUGGUUUCUGAGAUCACAGAAGAAAACACAGGAGCUGUGUUUGUGUCUCAGCAGACGGCACAUAAGGUUCUGCAUCGUAAGCGCAGAUUCAACACUCCUUUUGAAGAACUUAAACAAGGUAACCUGGAGCGGGAAUGUAUAGAAGAAAUUUGCUCCAUGGAGGAGGCCAGAGAGGUGUUCGAGAAUGAUGAGAAAACUAUGGAGUUCUGGGCGGGCUAUAUUGAUGGUGACCAGUGUAGCCCCCCCCCCUGCCAGAAUGGAGGGGUGUGUGAAGAUGGAAUCAGCAGUUAUGUUUGCUGGUGCAAACCAAACUUCAGUGGCAAAAACUGUGAGAUUGUGACCAAGCAGUGUUUAGUCAACAAUGGUGGAUGUUCUCAUUUCUGUGUAAUGAAGGCUGAUCAGGCUAUGUGCCGGUGCGCAGGUGGUUACAGACUUGGGUCAGACAAGAAGAGCUGUGAACCAACAGAGCCGUUCAGCUGUGGUCGUAUGAACCUGUCCUCCAGUUCUCUCACCAGGUCCAUCUUAGAGCCAAGAUCAUCAAACUUCUCCUCAUACAACAAUAACCCACAGGAUGAUUAUGAAGACAUAUCAGACUAUGAUUAUCACGACCAUCCCACAAACAAUUCAAACCUAUUCAAUGACUCUCUGGACUCUGCAGCGGAGGCUGUCAUUGGCAGUCGACAUGUGAGAAGUGUCAAUGAAACUGCAACAACGAAGGAGGAGAUGUCCUCCUGGGGUUUCUCCAUGCUCCCCAACAUCACAGCUAAUAAGAACAAUGACCAGAGGAUUGUGGGAGGUGACACGGCCAUUCCUGGAGAGAUACCUUGGCAGGUGGCCUUGAUGUCCCACUCAGCCAGCCUACCCAGAGCGCUGCCCUUCUGUGGAGGAUCUCUGCUCACUAACUUAUGGGUCAUCACUGCUGCUCAUUGUCUGUGGAACACUGAUGGCACUGAACGAACGUUCUUCAUCAGAGUUGGUGAACAUGAUGUGAACAGCGAUGAAGGUCCAGAGCGAGACCAUAACGUGGCUGAGCGGCAUCCACACCACAAAUACAAUUUUAAGAAUUCACCAUAUAACCAUGACAUUGCACUACUGAAGCUUGCCAGUCCAGUGGAACUGUCCAACGAGCGGCGUCCCAUCUGCCUGGGCCCCAAAGAGUUUAUACAGAACAUUGUGAGGGCCUCCGCCAGCUCCCUUGUGAGUGGAUGGGGGCGGAUAAGAUUCCGUGGCCCUGAGGCCACCAAGCUCCAGAAGUUGGAAAUCCCCUACGUGGACCGCACCAGAUGUAAACAGAGCAGCCGAGACCAUAUCACCCGAUUUAUGUUCUGUGCAGGCUUUGAAAAUGAGCAGAAGGACUCGUGCCAGGGGGACAGCGGUGGGCCACAUGCCACCAAUUACAAAGGAACUUGGUUCCUGACAGGCAUUGUCAGCUGGGGGGAGGAGUGCGCCAAAGAUGGGAAGUAUGGCGUCUACACCCGAGUCUCAGAAUACUACCGAUGGAUCAGUAACACGACAGGGAUCAAUCCAAGCAUUUAAUGAGUAUUCGUGACUCAGCUGUCAAAGAAAUAACACACUGUAGCAUUUGUUAAGUUUGGCCCUCGAGGAGGUGAAUAUUUUUCUUCUGCUGAAUCAAGUGAGAAAUCAUCCAUGUUCUUUUAUUAGUACCUCAAUAAAACAUGUCAACAUAUGUUUGCAUGUCAUAUGUUGAGGUUCUUUAUCCAACACGUAACUGAAAUCUUAGAUAAGAAGAAACAUUCAGUGCUUGUUUUUUUUUCUCUCUCUUUAGUGUAACUCGAAUGACGACAUAAAUUCAUCAUUCAUUGCUUCUUAUACAAUUUCACUAUUCAGUU